GACCCCAGUUAGACAAACGACUCAUAGGCUAACUGCAAUAAUUAGGUAGGUUACAUUUGCCAUCUUACUCUGUAGGUUCGGCUUCAAAUCUGUGUUGCUUGCGGGAUAGGGCGUUCGGAGUUGAGCAUCUGCUGGCAGGGAAGAUGAUUCGGAUAGUAUGGCUGAGUGUGUGGAAUGCGCAUUGCGAUGCAAAACCAUAGAAAGCUAUACAUUGAAAAGACGACAAAACUAACGUUGUGGUCGUAAUAAUAAGGGGCAAUUGUGUUUCUAGCGCGCACCUUUAGACACUGACAGCCUCCUACAAGAAGGCCGUCCAGCCUCCGCAGCCUAAAAAUUUCACGCCAACAUUACUGCCAACCGGAGGAGAGAUACCGAUGCUAUACAUGACUCACACCCAGGCUGCCUCUACAUAUUUGGCCUGGACUUGGGUCUCCUAAAGCGGUAUCCCGCCUGUCCAUAAAUCCGAGGCUGCACAGAGAGGGAACAAAACCUUCCUGAUAUCCACACCGAAAUCUUUGCGGAUAAUGCUAUGCUCCCGUUUAAUUUGUGUAUGUCUGUUUUAUCGCACCUCUGCGCAAAAGUCUUGGGCUCUCUGUCUCGACCGUUGCUUGUUGGACAGCGUAAGGUAGCAGAGUGGACAACGCUGGCUGUCUUCCACCUGUCUUUGCUCCUGGAUUGUUCACUGCACUCCAGGAAUAAUAUUUUUUUUUACAUUGGCCAGAGAGGGCUUGGUCAGAACUUUAGGUACAACACAGUGCAGAGCUUUUAUGGAAGGAUAACUUCUGCAACCUCCACAUGAAACAUUAUUAACACCACCAUCUGAAAGCUAAAGCUGUAGCAAUCUACCAUAGUUAAGUGAGGUAGACUGCAUCUUUGAAGCGUAACCCAACCACUAAGACCAAGGGUUUCCGGUUAUCUAAUCCCCACCAACCUUUUGCCAGCUCCUGUAACAACAACUCCAAACUUCCUGCUUUGGCCUUUCACCCGCAGCCACCAUGCGUCCCUCACUUGCCACAGCGGUCCUUCCAAGGACCCGUAACCAUCCCCACACGGCCCACCCCCACAAUGCACACGGAUUGUCCGGACACUUGGGACGAGAGCACCUGUCAGCGCCUCGGAGGCGCAGCCCGCACCUGCGACACACACUCAGCCCGGAGAACCUUCGGAGCCUGGCAGAGCGCGGUGGCGCCGCCGGGGACAUGGCUUCCGUGGUGAGUAGCCCCAUUGGCCUCCCGAGGGCCAACAGUGACACGGACCUGGUGACGUCGCAGAGCCGCUCGUCGCUGACGGCAUCCACGCUGGAGUUCACGCUGGGUAGGGGCGAGAACCUGGUCAUCUCUUGGGACAUCAAGGAGGAGGUGGAUGCCACCGACUGGAUUGGCCUCUACCACAUCGAUGAGACCAGCCCGUCUAAUGUGUGGGACUGUAAGAAUCGCGGGGUGAAUGGGACACAGAGGGGUCAGAUUGUCUGGAGACUGGAGCCUGGUCCUUACUUCAUGGACGCUGAGACCAAGAUCUGCUUCAAGUACUACCACGGUGUCAGUGGAGCCCUGAGAGCAACCACCCCCUGCAUCACUGUGAAGAACCCUGGAGUCCUGGGAGAAGGUCAAAGUGAGGGGCAGUCAUCCACCGAUCAUCCUCGCAAACUAAUCAGCUUUACUUUAACAGAUAUGCGUGCGGUGGGGCUGAAGAAGGGAAUGUUCUUCAACCCGGAUCCCUACCUGAAGAUGUCCAUCCACCCUGGGAAGAGGAGCGGCUUCCCCACCUUCAGCCACCAUGGACAGGAGAGACGCUCCGCCAUCAUCGCCAACACCACCAACCCUAAGUGGCACGGAGAGAAAUACACUUUCGUAGCACUGAUGACAGACAUUCUGAACAUCGAGGUGAAGGACAAGUUUGCCAAAAGUCGACCAAUCAUCAAGCGCUUCCUUGGUCAGCUGACCAUUCCUGUCCAGAGGCUGAUUGAGAAGAUACCUGGUGUCCAGCCUCUGAGCUUCUCUCUGUGUCGACGGUUGCCCACUGAGCAUGUGAGUGGCCAGAUGCAGUUCAAAGUGGAGCUUACAUCCACUGGACCUGACGGGGCCUCACUAGACUUUAUCAUCGGUGUGCCCAAUAAUGGGGCCCCGGGGACUCCGUCAGAUGACGAGGAUCUGCCCCACCCACUACCAGGGGUGGUCACUGGAGGCCCCUCCCCUACUGGCUCUCUGGGCUCACAGAGGUCCUGGGAAGGUGGGGCCACAGCUUAUCCAGUCCCAGACUACAGGGACUUCAGCAGUACAGAGGGCGGAACCACAGAGGGCGAAUCCUACUCUGGCCCUCAACGGCUGCAGAGGUCCCUAAGUGAAGGCCUGGAUGCCAUCGAGGCCCCCAAGGGUCCCGGAGAGAGGCCCCUCGGCGCUGCCUCCCCGAAGCUGCGGUCUAGCUUUCCCACUCACACACGUCUCAGCGCCAUGCUGCACAUUGACUCGGACGAAGAAGAGGAGCGCUCGGGGUCCACUGACAUCUACCCGGUGCCCGGGUCCCCCCUGCUGCUCAACGGCGGCCAUGAAGAUCUCUUCCCAGAGCUACAACAAGACUCUGACACUGAGCAACCUCAGCCCAGGGUGGAGGAUGAUGAACAGGAGGGGGUAAAGGGGGAAGAAUGUGCCACUGGUGGUGAAUCUUAUGUGGCCUCUGAGUUAGACCUGGCCCUCGACUUGGAAGACGCCUCCGAGCCUGAUGUUUUCUCAGAGGUGGAGGAAGUUCCUUUCUUCUCAGAGGUGCUGUCCCAGAGUCUUUUGACUGAGGUCCUGGAAGGGCCAGAAGAGGGCCAGGGGCCUGCUGACGACCCCUCGUCGGAGAUUGACUCAUGCUCCAUGGCAACAGCCCCACAGACAGUCUUCUCUUCCUCAGAGAGUUGCCCAAUCAUGAUGUCCACAGCUCAGGAGGCGGAUGCAGGGGCAGAAGCUGCCAUUGACCCAGGAGGAGAUACCAUCACCGACAACUCACCCACCAGUCAGCUUGUAGACGAUGCGGGAGACGAGCAGACGCCAGCCAAUGAGGUUGAAGGAGAUGCUCCAUCAGCCAAUGAGCUGGAGCCAGGAGAGGAGAUAAGUGAGCUUAGGCGGAGCUUGCAGGCAUCUGGGGGGGUGUCCCAGGAUGAGGUAGGGGAGGAGCCAAGGCCAGUGGGAGAUGCAGGAUCUGUGGAUUCAGAUGCAGUUGCCACGGAGACGGAUGGAGAGGAUGGUGCUCAAGUGAACGGUCACCCCGUUCACUCGCUCCCCACAGUGCGCCAUGACAUCCACCGAUACCAACGAGUGGACGAACCCUUACCUCCUAACUGGGAGGCGAGGAUCGAUAGUCACGGUCGUAUUUUCUUUGUGGAUCAUGUGAACCGGACCACCACGUGGCAGCGCCCCACCGGACCACCCGCCCCCCAGGGCCUGACCCGCUCCAACUCCAUCCAACAGAUGGAGCAGCUCAACCGCAGGUAUCAGAGCAUAAGGAGGACAAUGACCAGCGAGAGGUCCGAGGAGAACACAGUUGAACUCCCGCCAGAGCUCACAGAGAGUGACCUUCUACCCCAGACCAUCCCUGAGUACAGGAGAGAGAGUGCGGUGGGUCACUCCAGCUCCCGGUCGCGUCUCUCUCUGCUGCUCCAGUCCCCCAGCGCAAAGUUCCUGUGCAGCCCAGACUUCUUCACCAUGCUGCAUUCUAACCCUAGUGCCUACCGCAUGUUUACGAGCAACACUUGCCUGAAGCACAUGAUCAGUAAGGUGCGUCGGGACGCCCACCACUAUGAGCGCUACCAGCACAACAGGGACCUGGUGGCCUUUCUCAAUAUGUUCACCAACAAACAGCUGGAGCUACCCAGGGGCUGGGAGAUGAAGCACGACCAGUCCGGCAAGCCCUUCUUUGUGGAUCACAAUCGUCGUUCCACUACCUUCAUCGACCCACGGCUCCCCCUCCAGAGUGCACGCUCCACUGGCCUGUUGACCCACCGACAGCAUCUCAGCCGCCAACGCAGCCACAGCGCAGGCGAGGUGGUAGAUGACAUGCGACACUCCAACCCACCUGUCAUGCCCCGCCCCUCCAGCACCUUCAGUGGGUCCACUCGCAAUCAAUACCAGGACCUCGUGCCUGUAGCCUACAAUGACAAGAUUGUGGCAUUUCUACGGCAACCCAACAUCAUUGAGAUCCUGCAAGAGAGGCAACCAGAACUCGUCAGGAACCACUCACUCAAGGAAAGGUUACAGUUCAUUCGCAGCGAGGGUGUUUCUGGGCUUGCUCGUCUCUCUAGCGAUGCUGAUCUAGUCAUUUUGCUCAGCCUGUUUGACGAGGAGGUCAUGUCCUAUGUGCCACCUGCUGCCUUACUGCACCCUAGCUACUGCUCCUCCCCUCAAAGCUCCCCUGGUACUCAGAGAGCUAAUGCACGUGCCCCUGCCCCGUACAAACGUGACUUUGAGGCCAAACUGAGAAACUUCUAUCGCAAGCUGGAGACAAAGGGCUAUGGCCAGGGACCUGGGAAAGUCAAAUUGAUCGUUCGUAGAGAUCACCUGUUGGAGGAUGCCUUCAAUCAGAUCAUGUGCUACUCCCGCAAAGACCUGCAGAGGAGUAAGCUGUAUGUCAGCUUUGUGGGAGAGGAAGGGCUGGACUACAGCGGCCCUUCGAGGGAGUUCUUCUUCUUGGUGUCAAGGGAGUUGUUUAACCCUUACUACGGUCUGUUUGAGUACUCUGCCAACGACACCUACACUGUGCAGAUCAGCCCCAUGUCUGCCUUCGUGGACAACCAUCACGAGUGGUUUCGUUUCAGUGGGCGUAUACUGGGCCUGGCUCUGAUCCACCAGUAUCUGUUGGAUGCCUUCUUUACCCGCCCGUUCUACAAGGGCCUGCUGCGUAUCCCAUGUGACCUGAGUGACCUGGAGUUCCUGGACGAGGAGUUUCACCAGAGUUUACAGUGGAUGAAGGACAAUGACAUCGAGGACAUGCUGGACCUCACCUUCACUGUCAACGAGGAGGUCUUCGGGCAGAUCACAGAGAGAGAGCUGAAGCCAGGCGGUGCAGGUGUUCCAGUGUCAGAGAAGAAUAAGAAGGAGUACAUCGAGCGCAUGGUUAAGUGGCGCAUCGAAAGGGGUGUGGCUCAGCAGACUGAGAGCCUGGUGCGAGGCUUCUAUGAGGUGGUGGACGUGAGGCUGGUGUCUGUGUUUGAUGCCAGAGAGCUGGAGCUGGUGAUUGCUGGCACUGCAGAGAUCGACCUGGCCGACUGGAGAAACAACACAGAGUACAGAGGAGGUUACCAUGACAACCACAUAGUCAUUCGCUGGUUCUGGGCAGCAGUGGAGAGGUUCAACAAUGAGCAGAGACUCCGACUGCUGCAGUUUGUGACAGGCACCUCCAGUAUUCCCUAUGAGGGCUUUGCCUCCCUCAGAGGUAGCAAUGGACCACGAAGGUUCUGUGUGGAGAAGUGGGGUAAAAUAACCUCCUUACCCAGGGCUCACACAUGCUUUAACCGUCUGGACCUCCCACCGUACCCUUCUUUCUCCAUGCUCUAUGAGAAGAUGCUGACAGCCGUAGAGGAAACCAGCACCUUUGGCCUGGAGUAAAACUCUCCAAAAUGGCUGCCACAGCCAGGGGUCAAAUUGGGAAAGAACAAAUGGUGGAGAGGAAAUCCUGUCACCUUAGCUUGAGGCGAGACAGUACUCACAGUACAAAAUGGAAACUGAAAAGACAUCUACCAGAAAUUAUCAUUUUGGAGAAGCAACAGAACUUUUGGGGACAAUUUCACCACCAAGACAAUCCCAAUUUGCCCCCCACCCCUCCGGCUUGGCUAUACCUCCCGCCUCCAUGAUCCCACACUUCCUGGAAUCACGUUACUGUUCCAUUACCUGCACUGAUGCCCUCCAUUUGAUUCCUGUGUACAACAACCACACUUGUGCUUUAUCUCUUAUCUGUUUAUUGGCCUUGGUUACUGUAUCUCCUUUUUCCUACAGGGGCUCAGCCUGCCCUUCAAGUUCAGAGACACCUCUUCCUAAUACCCUAUGCUUCCUCCUGGAUUGACCCCCUGUUCUGGACCUCGGAACUGUGUCUUUCUACUCUGGGACUGGAGACUACGUACACUAUAAUACAUAAUUUGACUAAUUCCUUGUCUUCAAACACACACUCAUUCACUCUCACACACUUUCAAGAUGACUCUCAUGAUUAAUUUCUGAGGGGAUUAAAUUGUAUGUCACAGCUCCUAAGGUGCACCAAAGGCAUUGACUCACUCCAAAACACAUUGUACUUGUGCUAGACUACAUGAGCAAGGCUCUAAAACCGGCACACACUAACUCACGAUAACAAAUACAAUUGUAGGGUCACUCUUUUUCAAAAUAAAUUAGAUGCACUUUCUCAUACACAUAUGUAGCUCCACACACACACACACUGAGACAUUGCCUAACAUGGCUCUAUUUCUCACUAAUGAUAUUGCCUCCCAUCCACUGAACUGAUGAAUGUAUCACAUAAAAGACUGAAUGUAUGAAACUUCAGCACCUCUGGCUUGCUGUAAUAGGAGGAGGAGCCUUUGCGGCCAAAGACAAAUAAACACCAGGAAGUGGAUCACCUAAAAUUUGUUGAAUAUGGAAGCCAAGGCUGAAAGUGGCACCGGACACGUGCCUUGUUAUGACAGACACUUUCACUCAGUGUUUUGAGGAGGGUUGGUUGGGGACCCGAUAGUGGGGCGCACCCAUUUCUUCCUCUUGGGUCACAGCCGAAAAGUUGUAACGAGAGACUUUGUAAUGUUUAUUUGGUCGGUCAAAAGAACAUUCAAAUGGCUAGGUGUGUUACACACAACAAAAACAGAGCUACAACUCUUAAUUGUAUUCUAAAAUAGUUCCAGGAUACCAACACGAGGGCAGCACAUGAUAUGGUACUUACUUCAGUACCGUACACACAGCUAUGGAAGCAUAUAUAAGCUCGGGACAUACACUACACACCUACACAGAUGCUUAUGAUCUCUUGAAAGCACGUGUUCAUCCUGGUUUUGGACUUCUCAGUGCAUAUCCCCUACCCAACGGACUCAUUCAGACACACACACACACACACGCACAUGUGUUCACACACACACACCCUUUUUAUGUGUGUACGCAUGAUUACAACUACUGUACAGAGGUCUGUGCGAGCUAGACAGACCACUCGGGCUGGAAGCCCCACUGUGAUGCAUUGUGGAGGAAGCCUUCAUAUCUCAGCCUGGCUUGAAACUGCAUGCAAGGUCCAUCUCAGCAACUCUGUGAGCUGCACUGAGCCCGGGACCCCUAGAUGGUGUUGUGUUAUAUCUCGAUAUUUGCAUGCAGAAAUAGUGCAACACAAGUCUGUCCUUAAUAACUUUUGCAUGAGGAUAUCGCUAUCGAUGUUGAGAAAAGGGCGGGAGGAGCCGGAUAAGAACUGUAGGGUAUGCUGCUAUAAUGUGUUAUAAAUGUGUCCGUGAUGAGGUGGACGCGGUCAAAUAAAUAUUUAGGUUUUGUGCCACAUUGUUUAUGGCUUCACAAUUGUGAAAUGUUAUAAGCUUUAUGUUUGUUUAUAUGAAGGGUUAUGACUAGUGUUACCGAAGUACUAUGGUAACACACUUUAAGGGAAUUGUUUUUGUUACAUUCAUGAGAUCACCUGUCUUGAUGAUAGGUCAAGAGGUUAGAGGUCAUGGUUCAUGGCUACACAGAGAACCACACGGUGUGUGCUGGUCCUGUAUGUCUCAUCCUUGUGUACAUGUAUGUCUGCACCUGUUGUGGGUGUGUGUGAAUAUAUAUUUUGCACUGAAUGUACCAAAGGUUUGGGGCUUGCAUAGUCAACCAUGUCUCCCUAAUUUUGUCAGGUUGACAGAAUUAGGAAUGACCCCAGCCUCGGCCACACAUCCCCUUGAGUUUAGAGGGGCAGUUUCAUGGCAUGCCCAGUAACCAUUCACAACUGUUUUUAAAUCAUUUCUGCCAAUCAAUACAUUUUCCACGCUAAGGAUUUUUCUUCUGCUGCAAAUGUCCAAAUAAGAAUAAAGUCAGUUUGCUCCUCACCCAAUGAGGACCAAGCUCACCGCCACCACCACUCCCCAUGGCUGAUCAAUUACCAAUAGGAUUGGACAUCUGUGUCAGAACUACUCUAUGCAAAAGCUCCUGUAUCUCUCCAUUUCACCACCAUUAUUGUAUUAAAAGACAAUGACAAAUGUCAAGUUUUAAUUGGUAAGUUUUCAUUAGCGAUUACAUGAAUGCAUGUUUUCUUUCUGUGUAUCUUUUGAGAGAUGAACCAGGGGCUCAGCUAGUGGGCCCAAUGUUUAGAGAGCAGCAGAUGAAGAUCUACAGCAUAGAAUGGACAUGGUUUUCUGUUCUAUAAGAUAGAGAAUAUCUCUUCUUCUAUCCUAUAUAUUUCUUUCUGCAGAAAUAAACAAACACAUCUUAUUUUAACUGUGCAUUCCACAAACAACAUCUAUAGGAAAAAAUGAAAAUACCCAGGCCCAACUAAU